GGCGUCGUGCGUUUUUCGCGGUAAUAGGCAAGUUGAGCCCAUCGUGUGCGAGUAUAAAACAUGUCUAUGAGUUUUAAUAAAGUUGUGUAUUCAAACAAAUGCGAAGCGUUGAGCAUACGUGGGAAAGAAUAUUUGAGAAACUGUUUACCGUCUUGAUCGAGUGUUAAAUUAGCCGUUUGUUUAGUAAAUAUAUAAAUUCUCGAAAGCGAGGCCAGUUAUCAUACCGACUGCUACCAGCCAAGACGAAAUCAUGCCGAAGGGUGGAAGACAAGGAAAAUUAGAUCGGAUUCGAUAUAAAACACGGUCCAGACGUACAUCAGACGAUGAGUCGUGUAAUGAUAACGCGAGCGAAUUCAGCAAUGACUCGGAGGUUAGGAGCACAGAGAUUGGUGAACCCGAUGUCGUGGAAGAUAUUGCACAGCAAGAAGCUUUCGAAGAUAAACUGAUGGAAGCUAUGGAAGGACUCAUGCAGAAGUCUGCUGCCGGACGCACCUCCUGUCAUGAGGCCAUCAAUAAGGCUUUUAUCAAGAAGUACAUCCCGGAUUUCGUGCAAGAUCGUUAUUUGACCAUCUGCGAUGGUAUCGAGAAGGGUCUGAAGAAAGGAAAAGGUGCUGAGCAGGCAGCGGCCGCUCAACAGGCACCUUUACUUUGCGUCCAGUUGGGUAGUGGAGCUGCCAGCGAAGAGGUGUGCCGCAUACUGAAACCCAUCCUUCUCAUCUCCACCAACGAUAAUUCUGUGCCACCUUUGUCCAGAGCCAAGUGUUGCACGGCUCUGGGACUUAUGAUCUUUCUUGCCGGCGAAGAUAUGGCCGAGGUGAUCCAAAUGAUGCAGGUCUUCGAGAACAUCUUCUCGGGCAGCUAUCUCAAAGGCGAUGGAAGCGUUCCUAAUGUUACCGUAGAAGUAGGUACAUUGCAUGCAGCAGCUAUUAGCUCCUGGACAUUGCUGUUCACACUCAUGUCUUCAAAUGAUGCCUACAAUAUGCUCACAAUGGAAACAUCUUUCUCGCCAUCUAUUUUACAACUAUCCCAAUUGCUGACCUCACCAAAUCUCGAGGUCCGUAUUUCCGCCGGCGAAGCAUUGGCGAUCGUCUUUGAAUUGGGCCGUAUCUGUGAGGAUGACUUUGCUGAAAAUUAUAUUACCGAUUUGGUGGACACCUUCAAAGAGUUGGCAACCGAUUCACAUAAAUACAGGGCCAAGAAGGAUAGGAAACAACAGAGGGCUACCUUCCGCGAUAUAUUAAAUUAUAUAGAAAAUGAUGAAAUGCCGGACUAUAAGGUCAAAUUUGCGACGGAGCAGCUCGACAUCAACAGUUGGACUGCAAGAAAGCAGUACGACUCGUUCUGCACGAUGCUCGGUUCCGGAAUGAACAUCCAUCUCACCGAAAAUGAUCUGCUGAGACAGAUCUUCGAGCUGGGUCAGCGCCCCCAAUUGAUCGAAAGCAUCGCCGAUUCCAAAAAAACUAAACAAGUCAAGCACCAGCAAAACAUGGCAAACUUCAAGGCGAGGACUAUAUCCAGAGGCAAGAACAGGGACAAACGUUCGGAUUUCUGAUGUCAACUUUUAUUUUUAUUUAAAUUUUUAUCUUAAUUUCAAUUAUCCGUCGCACUUACAUUUUGUUUUUCCCCUCCCCCCUCUUUAACUUUAUUGUAUUUCCCCUUGUGUUUAUAUCACAUUUACUUUGCUUCUUAUUACAAUCUUGUUUUAUUUUUAUUAUUUUAUUACGUGUACAUAAUAUUAUUUAUAAUAAUAUAUGUAAUAUAAAAUAUAUUUGUGAUUAGCAACUUGCGAGGGAGAAUUCUUUUGGAAAAGUGAUUUAUUCAAAUGAAGGAUUAUUUGUUUUGUGUUUCUUCGUUAAUAUUUAAUAUAAAAUUCAAUUUUAUAAUUAACG